AUGCGCCUGGAGAGGAAGGGGUUAAAGGUGGGGCCAGCCCUACAAACACGCGCACACACUCCCUACUUAGACCCGGUCACACGCCUUUCCCUGGCACUUAAUGGGGCCUUGGGGCGGGAGGGUGUUGGGCCCCGGGCCUGAACCCUCUCCACUCCAGGCUCCUGCAGCCCGGCUUUGGGAGGUCGCGGACCCCACUGUCUCAACUCACACCGCACGCCGAGCCCCCUCUUCUACGCGCACACACGCUCUGGCGCGCGCGCACACACACACCUCGGACAUUCCCAUAGUGCCUCACGUGACACACGGCCCCGAACGUGCCCACCCUUCACACACGCUCACGCACGCGUGCACACACGCGCACACACAAACACACACAGCCUCUGGGCCACUUCCCAACUCCAUCCCUGACCCCCAGCCGCAGCCCUGCUAAGGCACUCAUUGACUGUGACACACCUACACUCAUUCACAGACACACACACUCCCCCCCCACACAUGCCAACCACAGACACACAUUCAUAAACAGGGCCAGGAGAAGUACACACGCACCCCCUCGCCUACUCUCUGGGAGCCCUGAGUCAUUCCUGCCCCCUCCCAGGGCUCCCCAUUUCCCUGUGUGCCUGCACAUGGGCGGGCUAGGGAAUUCUCUGGCCCUCCCUUCCCAGGGCCGGCCCUCCCUUCCCAGGGCCGCCCCUCCCGGCUGUGUGUUCCCUCUGACACUCUGGGAGGACUUCCUGUGGGUCCCAGGUCAGGGGAGAGGAGGUCCUGGAGGGUUGCCACAGCCCUGGUGUGAGUGGGGGAGGCACUUCCUUUUCCUGAACUCUGGGAUCCUGCAGGAAGAAGCUGGGAAGUUGGGCGGGGGCCCCACAGAGGACGUCCUGACAGCGAGGGGCUGACUCUCCCAGCGCACUGGGCCUUAGGGAGGAGCUGGGGUGCCAGAGGCCUGGGAUGAGCAGCUUGGCAGAGAGGAGGCCCAGUGGGGGCCGAGGCCCAGGCCCUUGCCAUGGAGUCCAUGUUUGAAGAUGACAUCAGCAUCCUGACCCAGGAGGCACUGGGGCCCAGUGAGGUGUGGCUGGACGCCCCAGGAGACCCCUCGCUGGGUGGGGACAUGUGCUCCGCCUCCCACUUUGCCCUCAUCACAGCCUAUGGGGACAUCAAAGAGCGACUGGGAGGCCUGGAAAGGGAGAAUGCCACCCUCCGCCGCCGUCUCAAAGUCUACGAGAUCAAGUACCCACUGAUCAAUGACUUUGGAGAGGAGCACGGCUUCUCUCUGUAUGAAAUCAAGGAUGGGUCCCUGCUGGAGAUGGAGAAGGUCAGCCUGCAGCAGCGGCUCAACCAGUUCCAGCAUGAGUUGCAGAAGAAUAAGGAGCAGGAAGAACAGCUUGGGGAGAUGAUCCAGGCUUAUGAGAAACUUUGUGUGGAGAAGAGCGACCUGGAGACAGAGCUGGGGGAAAUGCGGGCCCUGGUAGAGACCCACCUGCGGCAGAUCUGCGGCCUGGAACAGCAGCUGCGGCAGCAGCAAGGUCUCCGGGACGCCGCCUUCUCCAGCCCCAGCCCCCCGCCCACCCCUGCCCCACCAUGUGCCGAUCUGGACCUGCACUAUUUGGCCCUGCGAGGGGGAUCUGGUUUGAGUCACGCAGGCUGGCCGGGCCCCACAGCCAGUGUGAGUGAGCUGGAGCGGCGGCGGUUGGAAGAGGCUCUGGAGGCUGCCCAGGGCGAGGCCCGGGGGGCUCAGCUUCGGGAGGAGCAGCUCCAGGCUGAGUGUGAGCGGCUGCAGGGGGAGCUGAAGCAGCUACAGGAGAGCCGGGCCCAGGAUCUCGCCUCCAACCAGUCAGAGAGGGACAUGGCGUGGGUGAAAAGAGUCGGGGAUGAUCAGGUGAACUUGGCUUUGGCUUACACGGAGCUGACAGAGGAGUUGGGCCGGCUCCGGGAAUUGAGUGCCCUGCAGGGGAGGAUCCUGAGGACGCUGCUGCAGGAGCAGGCCCGAAGCGGUGGCCAAAGACACUCGCCGCUGUCGCAGCGCCACUCCCCGGCCCCCCAGUGCCCCUCACCGUCCCCGCCCGCCCGGGCGGCGCCCCCUGGACCCCCGUGCCAGUCCCCCGCCCCCCAGCGCCGCUCUCCCGGGCCCCCGUGCCCCUCGCCCCAGCAGCGCCGCUCGCCGGCCUCGCCCUCCUGCCCGUCGCCCGUCCCGCAGCGCCGCUCGCCGGUGCCGCCGCCGCCGCCGUGCCAGUCCCCCAGCCCGCAGCGCCGCUCCCCCGGGCCCCCCGCCUGCCCGGCCCCGCAGCCCCGGCCCCCGCCGCCCCCUCCGCCCGGGGAGAGGACGCCGGCCGAGCGCGCCUACGCCAAGCCGCCCAGCCACCACGUGAAGGCCGGCUUUCAGGGCCGCCGCAGUUACUCCGAGAUGGCCGAGGGCGCGGGCUACGCGGGCGCCUCCCCGCCCUGGCUGCAGGCCGAGGCGGCCACGCUGCCCAAGCCGCGGGCCUACGGCGGCGAGCUCUACGGGCCCGGCCGGCCGCUCAGCCCUCGGCGCGCCUUCGACGGCCUCCGGCUGCGCUUCGAGAAGCAACCGUCGGAGGAGGAGGAGUGGGCCGUGCCCACCAGCCCGCCCAGCCCCGAGGCGGGCGCCAUCCGCUGCGCCUCGUUCUGCGCGGGCUUCCCCAUCCCGGAGUCGCCCGCCGCCUAUGCCCACGCGGAGCAUGCACAGUCCUGGCCGUCCAUCAACCUUCUCAUGGAGACAGUGGGCUCUGAUAUCCGCAGCUGCCCCCUCUGCCAGCUCGGUUUCCCUGUUGGGUACCCGGAUGAUGCCCUCAUCAAACACAUUGACUCCCACCUGGAGAACAGCAAGAUCUAGGGUGCCUCCCCCACCCACUGGCUGUUUCUCCAUCUUCUCUCAUCACCCCCAAACACUCACUCACUUUGAAUGCUGCAUGAAUCUCGUGGGGGGCCCCUGCCCCUUGCGACCCCCAGAUACCUCCACUAGCUACCGAGUCAACGUGUGUGCCGUCUUCCCUGGUCUAGGCACCACUCAGCCCUGGCUCUUUCCAGAAGGCCAGCCGAGGCUCUCCCCAGCUCCCUGGUUUCUGCCAGGGGGGAUGGGGGUGAGGAUCU